GUUCACCAAAUACUUACCAGUAAUUGAGUACCCACGUACUGGUGGAAUUUUGGCGGAUGAAAUGGGACUUGGUAAAACUUUGGAAGUUAUCUCCCUUAUUCUCACUCACCCGUUGAAUGACUGGGAGAAAAUAGGUGGUCAGUUACGAACUCUGGAGGACAAACCACUUUCUAUGAAACGCUUACCUGCUGUUCAAGACGAUUCUAACGUCAUUUUUGAGAAACACUGUGACAGUCACAUACUUUGCACCUGCGGUGGUGUCAAGGAAACUGAGAAUUUCGACGUAGUUCAUUGUUCUCUCUGUGACGGUCCAAGUCAACAUGCAAUAUGUGUCCAAUAUAACCCCUCAAUAUACGCCAGUCGCCUUCCAGUUAAAGAAGGGUAUAUAUGUCCACAGUGCUGGACCAAGACGCGUAUCUAUUCCAAAGCUACGCUUAUUAUCUCACCUGAUCACAUAUGGCAACAGUGGAAAGAAGAAUUGCAAACUCAUAUACUACCUGAUGCAUUACACGUUUUGAUUUAUGCUGGUAUGGAAGCUCCUGUAACAUCUGUUGAGUUUGGAAUUCGCGGCUCUGUCAAAGAACAAGGAAAUAUUAAUCCUUUUGCUCCUCGUACUCAUGUUUCUACAAAAGUUGUUUCGGAAAGCAAAGUUAGUGAAGAGACAAUCCUUCCUGGUUUCGUUCAACCGCCCCAAUUAGCUUGUGCUGAUAUUGUACUGACUUCAUAUUCUGUGGUCCAGCAUGAACUUGACUGGGCAGAGGUUGUUGCAAAUCGUCAAGCUGGCCUUGCAGACAGACCAAAGUUACGAUUGGCUCAACGUUACAUUUGUCGUCCUAGCCCACUAACUUGUGUCAGAUGGUGGCGGGUUUGUCUAGAUGAAGCACAAAUGGUAGAGCGUGUUACAUCUAGAACUGCUCGUAUGUUAUCACAAGUAACUGCUGUUAAUAGAUGGUGUGUUACUGGUACACCAGCUGAGAAAAGUAUUGAUG